UUACACCUACCCAUUGAGCCCUUAAGAACUCGCUCUGGGUUGGAGCCGGUACCGAGCUGCGAACCCUGUACCUACCAGCCUGUAGUCCGAUGGCUUAACCACUACGCCACCGAGGCCGGUGCGACGGACGAGGGAGGAAAAUAAAACUGGGGGGAAACCCACUUUCCCAGACAAAAUGGCUACCUGUGUAGAUAACUUGUCAAAAAUGACCAUCAAUACCAGGAAACAAGUUAAAUAUGAGUGGUUCUCCAGCAGGGAUCUAAAUUCUUCUCUUGACAGUUUUGCCCAACACGCAGAAUGUUUCCAAUUAGUCAGUCUGUGGCCAUUUUCCUGAUGGUUACAAAUGUGAUGCUGUUCUCUGUCGUGGUGUAUAAAACAUCACAGCUCUACACGAAACCGCACUCUACCGUCUUCAGUAACUCGGAGAUCUGUCACAAGGCCACGUGUAUACCAGGAGAGACGUGCUGUGACGUCACUGCAACCAACAAAACCGUCAAUGGUUCUUUCUAUUGUUGUUACCAUGACUACGGGGAACGUGUUCCUAGUAUUAUGCUAAAGCAACUGGACCAAAAUUAUGAAAGAGAUAUCAGAAAUGACUACCAUCUCCAGAGGGUGAGGAAAGUUGCUGUUGUUGUAAACGAAGACAAAACUCAACAGAAACCCGCAGCUCAUCUGCAGAUGGACCCUGAUGCGCAGUAUGACAAAGAUAAAUAUAUCUCAGCUCUCCGGUGGAAAUCAAAUGGAAAGAGAUCGUUUGUGAAAGACGGACUCACUGUCGUUGAGGAAGGGAUUCGGGUGGAGAAAGAAGGGAACUAUUUCAUCUACAGCAAUGUAGUGCUUUACAGUCCCCAGACUAAGGAACUCGAUUUCGCCAGACUUUGUCAUUACCUGUACAAACGCGUUCCCACGACACCAAGGCCUACAGGCCAACAGCUGUCGUCCAACUGCCGGUCAACGUGUAAAAUCCAACGAGGAAAGCCCGCCUUCGCGACAUCCUACAUCGGCGCUGUCUACCACCUGGAGGCCGGGGCCACGGUGAUGGUGAAGACGUCGUCGGUGGAGAGACUUGUCAAACAGCCACAGUCGACGUACUUCGGAAUUUACAUGAUAUAAUAGUUUUCGUUUGUAGUGACCGCUUGUGUUUGCUGUUCAUCUAAAGUUUGUUUUGUUUAAGGACACCACUAGAGCACAAACUGACUUAUCAUUGACUUAGGCCUAGGCCUAUAGGAUGUCAAACAUUUGGAAUGUUUUACUCGUAGUCUUAGAUAAGAAACAUGUUUCCAUCAGCAGAGUGUGCAUUGUUCCCAGACAGGACAGAACAUACCACGGUCUUUGAAAUACCAGCCGUGGAAACUAAACCGCCAGUGUUAAAUAAACACUGUUAGUUACUGCAGUGUUCACCGUUAGUGUUCUUCUGAUAACCGAUAGUAACAUUAUACACUGAUAGUGGCUGCAGUGUUCGCCGUUAGUGUUGUUCUAGUAACCGAUAGUGUAACAAUGAACACUGGUAGUGGCUGCAGUGUUCACCGUUAGUGUUCUUCUAAUAACCGAUAGUGUAACAAUGAACCGUUAUAUUGUUUAAUAAGAAUGUUUCUCGUGUAUUUUAUUGUUUAUAUAUUACGUAUUUAUAAUAUACAUGUAUAUUAAUUUUUGCUAUUGAUAAUGUGAUUUGUUUUAGUCUCUCAUAACGCCCUAAUGAGUCACCUUUAUAUUGUUUAUUAAGAAUGUUUUACUGUGUGUAUAUUCGGUGAGAUUUCAAUAAAAUAUCUAUACAUCUGCCUUA